AUCCCUUCAGGGUGUCAGAUAUGUCAAACUAUGAAUUACUUUCGGAGAUGUAAGCAUUUUGAAGUAUUCAAAUAUGAUUCCUUCAGCAGUUUAGUGUCAUCAUGUUACCCAGAUUAUGUUCAGUGACGAUGAGAUGUGAAAAUAAAAUCUACCAAAAAUGGCAUUCAUUAAGAAAGUCUAUCAGGAUGUAUAAGACAAUACCAGAAUUUAACAGACAGUUCAUGAUUUCCGUUUCGCUAGGUUUGAUCAUAGGAUCCUUUAUAACGUACAUGCUCAUAAUAUUAAAUAAUUCACAUAGGAGGAUAACUGCUGGACCUUCUAUUGACCCAGGUUCUCAUGGCAAUGACGAAGAAUUUCACAGAAUAGAAGAUCACACUGUAGCCAAGAAAUUGUAUGAGAAAGUUCGAGUACUUUGCUGGGUUAUGACCCAACCAAAAUAUCAUGAAAAAAGAGCAAAACACGUUAAGGCUACUUGGGGAAAAAGAUGCAAUGAAUUGUUAUUCAUGAGCUCUGUAGAAGAUUCAUCGUUACCAUCGAUAGCACUGCAUGGUGUCAAAGAAGAUCAGGAAUACUUAUGGGGAAAGACUAAAGAAGCUUUUAGAUAUGUUUAUAAACAUUAUUUAGAUAAAGCUGAUUGGUUCUUGAAAGCUGACGAUGACACGUACGUGAUUGUAGAAAACUUGCGAUACAUGCUGAUGCCUUACAAUUCCUCGGAUCCGAUAUAUUUUGGAUGCAGAUUUAAACCUUACGUAAACCAAGGGUAUAUGAGUGGAGGGGCAGGUUACGUACUGAGUAGAGAAGCUGUGAAAAGAUUUGUAGAAAUUUCCUUGAGAAAUGCAACAGGUUGCAGAAUACACGAAAACUAUGGUCCUGAAGACCUCGAAAUAGGAAGAUGUCUUGAGUCUGCACAAGUAAAAGCGGGUGAUUCUAGAGAUUCUCUGGGGAGGAAUAGAUUUCUGCCACUUUUUCCACAACGUCAUCUGAUUCCUGGUGAAAUGUGGGAGGAGACCCCUUGGUACUGGAUCUAUAUGUAUUACAAAGGUGAAGAGGGAAUGUGGUGUUGUUCAGACAAUGCAGUAUCUUUUCACUACAUCGACCCAAAUGAAAUGUACGAACUGGAAUAUUUGAUAUACCAUUUGAGGCCAUACGGAAUUUCUUUUAAUAUGGUAAUGCCUCCCGAAUUGCUUGACAAAGAGAUAGAUCAAACUUCUAGAUCUGAUAAAUUAACUGUGGAUGAAAAUAGUCGUCUCAUGAUAUAUGAUAUCUAGUUUUAUGUAUUUUACUGUCUGUAAUGUUUUUAGCUCAUCAGUAAAUGUUGUAGAUCAAAA